AGCGCCGCACCAAGCACAGUAAUUUCGUUCGACGAUCGGAACGGUUGGGUUUCAUUGUUUCAUUUUUUUGGAAAAGAAUCGUCAGGAUGGUAUCCUUCAAACCAAUUCACGCUGCCGUCGCUAUUGCGAUGGCAGCCAUCGACCACACCACUUCCACAAACGUUGCCGCAUUUGUUUCACCGGAAUUCAUCCGUGCCAAGACCGGCGAAGGAAAGAUUGCAAUGGAUGGAUCCGGCCCUCCCGAGUACUCGCCGCACUCUUUGCUCUUCCAAACGCGACCUCAGAAGACGAGGUCGCGCCAGCAAUCGAAGCGAAAGUCGCCCCGCAUGUCUGAGGCGUCGUUCCGCUUGGAUUACAUCCAGGGCGUGCGACAGUCGUACAACAAGGCUCCGGUGAGCGAUCCAUUGGAAGAGAAAAGCGAGGAAGUCAAGGACGGUACGUGCAUGCACCGGAGGAUCGUUGGUUCAUUUGGAGGAGCGCUUGUAUUCCUUUCUGCUUCCGGAUGACUCUCGACUGCAGGGUAAUGGUCGGUGGUAUUCCGUGGCUCUCAAGCUAACCCCAUUUUCUUGAUGUUCACUGCAUUGCCACAACAGAAGUCUUUGUGUACGGUAGCGAUAGUACGUGUUAUCGUGGAUUGACCAAACCGUCCAAGGCCGGACUGACCCUGGCGAUUAUUUUGGCAUUCGGCAUGGUUAUCGCCAGUCCGGAUAUUCACUUAUCUGUACCGUCUCUUCCCUUGUUCUUGGAAGGGGCGCAGCAUCUAGUGGGAGACAAUCUAGCAUCUGCACUUGGCGCUAUUGUUGAGCGCACGGCCUUUCAUUGGGACAUGUCGGGAUUGCCACGGUCUUUCCAUGAACUGUCAGACCAGCUGGUUCCCUUCGUUGCACAACAAAGGGAUCAGUGGCAAGAUACUCUGGCUGCCCUGCCGAGUCGGUUCGAUGGCCUCUCGGUUCAGGUAGCUUCCCAAACCGAUGUGCUGAAAGACGAGCUCGUGGCAAAGCUUGGGUCGGUCGAGACGUCGCUGGGCGAAGCAUUUAUCUCCGGAAAAGCAGCUGUUGCACAUCACACCGGCGAUUGGCAAGCGGCAAGCCAUGCAAAGAUAGACCAGUGGCAAAACGAUCUUGCGCAGGCGAGUGGUCGUCUCCAGGGAGAGUUGGCCCAAGGAUAUGCGAAUAUCCGUUACGCUGGUCAGGCGAAAAUCGACCAGAUGCAACAAGGUUUCCACCAAGAUUACAGUCAGCUCCAAGUCAAGGGCGGCGAGGCCAUUGCUCGAGCCAAGGAUGUUGUUCUGAUGAAGGCCUCCGAAUUCCAGGAAACCAUUCAACAAAGCACCGACCAGAUCAAAGACGGCGCAGUCGAAAUGAAUGAGCAGGCUCGAGUACUGGCAAACGACUAUUCCGCCGAGAUGAAGGAUCUUUCGCAACAGAGUUAUGGCGCUUUCCGUGAAGUGGGCGAAGCAAAAAUGAUGCAUGCCCGGGAAGGACUACUUAGCGAGAUGGCAAAGGUUCGGGAAACGAUGGAAAUCGUUGUGGCCCAAAAAUUCACCGACUUUCAGCAACUGAGCAAGUCAACAAUGGACGGGCUUGGAAAGGAUGCCAUCCAGCUAACAGAAAGCGUUCGAACAAUGUUUGCGAAUGUUGGUGCCGACCUUGAAGCAACGCGGAGGGAGAUUGGAAGUACUACUGCACCGAUGAUUCAGGGUACCGGUGAAUUUCUCCGGGACAAGACAGCAGCGUUUCGGGACACGAGCUGGAUUGAAUGGGACGACGUUCAACACCGAAUGGGAUUACAGGGCGAUGCAGCUGCGGACGCGAUCGGAGAUAACCUUCAAAAGUGGCAGGAAAACACGGCAAAUGGGUUGUCUGCUCUCCAUGAUUCCGUGGCAAAGCAAGUCGCACCGAUGGACACCAUUGGCGACAACAUCAACAAAUUCAAGGAAAGCACCACAAACCAGAUUUCUAGCUUCGAGAGCUCGGUUGCAAACCAGGCCGCAUCCAUUGUUCGUCGUGAUAAUUCGUUGACAACGGAAUCGGCAUUCUUGAAAGCAAUGCUCGAAGAGAUGGUCUUCUGAGACAGCGUGAUUUCACUCGUUCAUGCAUAGAUCAACUGCCUACGCACCGAUGCCAAGAGAGAGGAAAGAUAAACGGCGAAAGCACAGAGGUGUGCUUCGGGUUUCAGAACGCAACUGCCUAACCACAAUGGCGGACUAGGUGAAUACGUGUCAAUACAUAAUAUUUAUCUCU